AUGGGUGACGCAGGACAGUGGCCACCAGUGACGCUGUCUGAGGGUCCCUUCUGGCAGCUCUGGGCCCUGCGGGUACCAGCCCCAGGCUGGGAGGAGCUCUCAGCGGGGGGCACCUGGCCCUUCUCGCCCUACGUCUCGGCCCCACGCGGGCGAGAAGCGUCGGAGCAGGAAAGAGGCCCCUUCCCGCGGCAGCUCCCGCCGCUCCGGGAGCCUGGGCACAGCCGAGUCGCUGCAGGGCCCAGACCCCUUUCCUUGAACAUCAUGCGGGAAACAGGAGACACCAGCAUCAUUAAGCAGCACCCACCUCGGAGACCUCAAGCUCUGGAGAAGUGGGGACAGGCCCCGAGACAGCUCCCUGGCAGACGGCAGCACUUGCACAAGCUGCGAAUGCUCGACUUGAACCGCAGGCGCCAGGAGGCUGAGCUGAAGAGAAAUCUCCACAGGGAAGCAAAAAUCAAUAAACAAAAAAUCAAGGAAUUCAACCCGAAGAAAGUCCUUGGCAACCUCCAGAGAGGCAGCAGCUCUGAAAGUCAAGACCUCAUUCCUCCAUCAUUUGCUCUUGAUGCCUGGUGUGGAAAUGCAUCACAUUCAGAGCAACAUAGCAGCGUUGAAUCUUCUCCAAGCAAGAGUAAAGUUGACAUGUGGUUCUGCCGGGAGCAGCCUGCAAGAGACCUGUUCUGGGAUAGCUCCAGCACUGGCUCAGAGGACUGGGAAAGGGAAGGGAAGACGUUUUAUCACAGACGGACCCUUGUGAGAACCAAAACAGAGAAGAUUCCUCUGUUUGAUGAGUUUAUCUUGGAUAAAGAGUAG